CAACUGCCGUGUCAGUUGACCUUCACUCUGAUUGGGAGUAAUAGUAAUUCAUACCAUUUCCUGCUGCUAAUUUACAAUUUGCACGGAGUACUUAAUCGGGAUUCUCCCUCCAAUAUCCCGUCCUCGUCAUUUGAUCCACGGAUCUUCCGGACCUUCCGCUAUCAAUACCAUACCGCUGACCCGCUCUGAACGGCUCCAAGCGCACUCUUCUCCAAAAUGGACUAUUCCUCCAUAGGCCAGGAUCCAGAUCAUCCCGCAGAGGGAUCCCCGUGGGCAACCUCACCACAACAUAAUAAAACCGAGUUCGGCGCCCCGUCCGCCGCCGACGUCCCUUCCGCUCCUCUCCCCCCGUCACCCUACAAUGCCGACGACGAUACCCACCCAGGGCUUCCCCAAAGUCCGUUCCGCGGAGGCGCAAAUGGCCAACAUCAACGUCAGGACUCGGAUGAUUUGGGGGCAUCCGGUAUGACCGAUUCAGGCCAUGGGGUACCAACGCCUUCGACUGCCCCUCGCGCAGAGCAGCAUUUUCAUGGAGGGGAUAUAGCGACGACCGAGCAACAACGGCCACAGUCCUCUCGCGCACGGCCGAGCGCGCCGCACUAUAAGCUACAGGCCAAGAUCACCGGCCUAGAGCGGACAAGCAAAAAGGAUCCGAUACUUAAGUUUGACGUCUAUACCAACCUCCCGAAAUUCAGGACGACCCAAUUCCGAGACGUCCGUCGCACCCAUUCCGAGUUUGUCAAGCUAGCCGAGCACCUCAUCUCUGCGAACCCAGAAGCAUUGGUCCCUGCGGUUCCCACGUCGGUCACGUCCGCGGGCGUGGGAACGGACGAGGAUGAAGUGCGGAUCAAAACCGCCAUUCAGCGCUGGCUCAACACCGUGUGCUCCAACGAGGUGCUGAAGCGGGAUGAAGAGAUGGUCUUUUUCGUGGAGAGCGAUUUUGGUUAUAGUCCGGUCGUCCGACGCAAACAGCCCGCAACCGGGGUGCGGCGGAAGAUGCUGAAGCAGUUCGCUCCGCCGCCCGACGAUACCCCCGAAUUGGCGGAGGCAAGACCCGUCGUGAAGCUCUUCUACCUAGGUACCAUGGAUGCUAGCCAGAAAUUAGAACGAGUCGUCAAGGCUAGACGCGCACUCGGUUUAGCCGAAGCCGAACUCGGCGUGAAGAUGGCCCAGAUGCACGCCCAGGAAAUCCAUCAAGGGCUCUCGAACGCGUAUAAAAAGCUAGGAAGGAUUAUCCAAAUGGCUGGGGACUUCCAUGCGGCCCAGGGAACGUCCGAAGCCACGACACUCGGCGACCCCCUUGCUUAUCAUUCCUCCGACGCUUUCAUCGUCAAGGAGACUCUCACCAACCGGCACAUCCUCCUCCGCGAACUUCUCCAGGCGCAGCAGUCUGCUCGGGCCAAGACCACCGCCGCCGACCGACUCCGAUCCUCGUCCAGCGUCCGACGCGACAAGGUCGACGAGGCUAUCGCCGCCCUCGACGAAGCCCUCUCGCACGAGACGCACCUCGGGCAAAAAGCCCAACGCGUCACCGCGAACCUCGUCCAGGAGCGCCGGAAGUGGUUCACCCGCACCGCAGCCGACAUGCGGCAGAGCAUCCGCGAGUACGUGGUCCGCCAGAUCGAAGCCGAGCGCCGCACCCUCGCCACCCUCGAGACCGUGCGCCCUGACAUCCGCGCCAUCGAUGCGUCGGGCGGCCUCUCCCGCCUGGGGAGGGAAGCGCAUCCGUCUCAGCGACGGGUGAGCUUGGCAAGCAGUCAGGGGCCGAAAGGGGACGCCUGGAGUGGUGUGCCGAGGCGUCAGGAUGGGCUCAAUCGGAGCGUCAGCGGUGGGUUCGUGCAUCCGGUUCCGGAGGAGGACGAGGCGGCGGAGGCGACGCCGAAGGGGAAACACGGCUCUAAAGAUUCGGUGGACGAGGCUGAUCAGGAUCGGGUGGACGCGCGGAAUGCGGCGAGCAGAUUGGCGACCAUGCUAUAGUAGUCGAGUAGAGUAGCCUUGGAGCACUCUGGCGUAUUGCGGGAAUGAAAUGAUUGCCUACGGAAUGGAAGGACGAGAUUGUAUCGGAUGAGAUUGUAUCGCUAGCGAGCCGACUCUUAGACAUGGCAAUGAAAUCAGUAAUCCGAAUCAUAUCUUAAUUACGGUACCUAGGCACCUACCUCCGUACCUACCUGUAGGUACCUACCUGCUACCAUGAUCA